AUGAGACCACCGCUCUACCGCUGUCACAACACCACCUCGGUGGAGAAGGGCUACUCGGCAACGAUGGGCUGGGUGCUCUUCAGCGCGGGCCUCCUGGGCAACCUGUUAGCCCUAGGGCUGCUGGCGCGCUCGGGGCUGGGGUCGUGCCGGCCACGCCAGCCGCGCCCGCAGCCCUCGGUCUUUUAUGUGCUGGUGUGCGGCCUGACCAUCACAGACCUGCUGGGGAAGUCUCUCGUGAGCCCCUUCGUGCUGACCGCCUACGCGCAGAACCGGAGCCUGAUGGAGCUGCAGCCGGGCUUCGGCAGUUCACUGUGCCAAACCUUCGCCUUCUUCAUGACCUUCUUCGGGCUCGCCUCGACGCUACAGCUCCUGGCCAUGGCCCUGGAGUGCUGGCUUUCCUUAGGGCAUCCUUUCUUCUACCGACGGCACAUCACCCUGCGCCGCGGCGUGCUGGUGGCGCCCAUCGUGGGCACCUUCUCUCUGGUUUUCUGUGCCCUGCCGUUCGCGGGCUUCGGGAAGUUCGUGCAGUACUGUCCCGGCACCUGGUGCUUCCUCCAGAUGGUCCACGAGGAUCACUCGCGCUCAGUGCUGGGCUACUCAGUGCUCUACGCCAGCCUCAUGGCUCUGCUGGUCCUCGCCACGGUGCUGUGCAACCUGAGCGCCAUGCGCAACCUGUACGGCAUGCACCGGCGGCUGCGGCGGAGUCAGCGCAGCAUCUCCCGGGACCGCGCGGAGCCCGGCGCUGGCGAAAAGGUGGGGUUCCCACAGCGGCUGGAGGAGCUGGAUCACCUGCUGCUGCUGGCCCUCAUGACCGUGCUCUUCACCAUGUGCUCCCUACCUUUAAUUUAUCGUGCUUAUUACGGAGCAUUUAAAGCUGUCAAUCAAACAAAUGGACCCACUGAAGAAGCUGAAGAUCUCCUUGCUUUGCGUUUUUUCUCCGUGAUCUCAAUUAUCGACCCCUGGAUUUUCAUCAUUUUCAGAACAUCAAUAUUUCGAAUGUUUUUUCACAAGAUUGUCGUAAGACCACUUAUGUAUCGGAAUUGGUACAGCAAUUCCUGCCGAACUAACACGGAAUCCAAUCUGUGACAGCGUUUACGCUCUCUGGUAAGCUGAGGAAUAUUUCAUAUUUUCCGUCAAAGAACCAUCAUAAAAAUUUUCACAUUUUAAGGCUUUAAAAGUCAUCUCCCACAACAAACAUCUACAUGUCUUUUCAAAAGUAUUUGAUAAAUCUUAACAAUGUAUUGUCACUCUAUUUAUGAAC